GUUCCAUAAUCCAUAAGAAUUUACAGGGACCACGAAAGUGCCUGAGAUUGAUAAUUCGUCUAGUAAAAUUACACCACUCACCUGCGGUAUUGGGCUUAUUGCGUAAGAUCGAAACGCAAAACUUCCUUCUCAACGGCAUUGCCAAAUUAUCAAAUUUGCUAAUUGAACAAGAACAUCCGAUGCAAAUCUACACAUUGAUAUUGAAUCGGGGUAGCUAUUCGGCAUCUGUAUAAUUCUGGAAUGGGAAACAAAAACGCCGCUCCCGCAAAAACUGGGUUUUUUGAAUCGAUUUUAGGGGGCCCUAAGAAACGGCAGAAGACUAAGAAAAAUAGGAAGAGUCGCAAUGCCAAGGGGUCGGACGUAUCACCGGAAGUCUCUAGUGGCGGAUCUCAACAUGGAUCCAUAUUGCAGAGGAAAACAGGGAACAUGAAGGAGCAUUAUACAUUGGGUAGGGAAUUAGGGCAAGGUCAAUUCGGGACGACGUUUUUAUGCGUGGAAAAGAGUACUGGAAAGGAAUUCGCUUGUAAAUCGAUCGCCAAGAGGAAGUUGGUAAUGGAAGAGGAGAUAGAGGAUGUUAGAAGGGAAAUACAGAUAAUGCACCACAUGGCAGGACACCCAAAUGUGAUCUCCAUUGUCGGCGCUUAUGAAGAUGCGGUUGCGGUUUAUCUUAUCAUGGAGCUUUGCGCCGGAGGGGAGCUGUUUGAUCGGAUCGUAGAACGAGGGCAUUAUACAGAGAAGAAGGCAGCUGAUCUUUCUAGGGUCAUUGUCGGGGUUGUGGAUGCAUGCCAUUCUUUAGGUGUUAUCCACAGAGACUUGAAGCCUGAAAAUUUUCUCUUUUUCAGCGAGGAAGAAGAUUCGCUACUUAAAUCAAUCGAUUUUGGGCUUUCCGUCUUCUUUAAGCCAGGUGAAAAGUUCACCGAUACAGUCGGGAGUGCUUACUAUAUGGCACCUGAGGUCCUGCGAAAAAAAUAUGAUCAAGGGUGUGAUGUCUGGAGCGCUGGUGUUAUCAUAUAUAUACUACUAUGUGGGGUCCCACCUUUUUGGGAUGAAAUGGAAGCUGGGAUAUAUCAGCAGGUGUUGAAUGGUGAACUUGACCUUGAAUCAGACCCAUGGCCAAGUAUAUCUGAAAGUGCAAAAGAUCUUCUUAGAGGAAUGCUCGUAAGAAACACCAAAAAGAGGAUGACAGCAAGUCAAGUUCUGAAUCACCCAUGGAUUCAAGCUGAUGGUGUUGCUCCAGAUAAGCCUCUUGAUACUGCUGUUCUAUCUCGCUUGAAGCAGUUUUCUGCCAUGAACAGAAUCAAGAAGAUAGCCAUAAAAGUUAUUGCUGAGAGUCUAUCUGAAGAGGAGAUUGCUGGAUUGAAAGAGAUGUUCAAGAUGAUGGACACAGAUGGCAGUGGUCAAAUCACAUUAGAGGAAUUAAAGGAAGGGUUGGUAAAAGCAGGCGCCAACUUUAAGGAUUUAGACAUGAACAAACUUAUGGAAGCGGCGGAUAUCGACAACGAUGGAACGAUAGACUAUGGGGAGUUUACAGCAGCGAUGCUGCACUGUAAUAAAAUCCAGAAGGAGGAUCAUUUGUUUGCUGCUUUCUCGUAUUUUGACAAAGAUGGGAGUGGAUACAUCACCGUAGAGGAGCUUCAUCAGGCGUGUGAGAAAUUUGGUUUGGGUGAUAUACCACUUGAUGAAAUCAUGAACGAAGUCGACCAGGACAAUGAUGGGAGGAUCGAUUACAGUGAAUUUGUGGAUAUGAUGGAAGAACGUGAUUUUGGGAUGAGCAUCAAAACAUAAGAGGAACGUCUUCAUCAUUAUAGUUAGCUUUAUAACCGGAUUAUGUUAAAUUCUUAUAGG